AGCGUAUGUAGACACAUUCAACCGGGGAUGUGGUAUCCCGAAUGUAUGACGCGAUUUACGAAAUUUUGAAUGACAUGUACCCAAUGAAGAAGUCAUUUCACAUCUUCUGAAGGUUUUGGAAACCCUCGGAUAGUUUUCUCAUACCAACCUUCUCAUUUAUGUCGAGACUUAAAAAUUAUACUUGUUUUUCGAGCGGAAGGACAUGAAAUUGGGCUCUGCUCAUCGACUGUAGGAUAGUGCGGCGGCCAUCUUGCAAAUGAACAAAGCCUCAGCUGUAUAGAAUUUAUUAAAAUAUUUGUUGUACAUUUUCGCCUUGUGUUAUUCACUUGUAUAUUUAGACUAUGCACGAAUUAUUGUCCCAGAUGUUUACUUAGCUAUGGCUGCUACAAGAAAGCUUCAAGGAGAAAUUGAUAGGUGUCUCAAAAAAGUGACAGAAGGAGUUGAAACCUUUGAAGACAUUUGGCAGAAGGUUCACAAUGCCACCAACAGCAAUCAGAAGGAGAAGUAUGAGGCAGAUCUUAAGAAAGAGAUUAAGAAGUUACAGCGGCUACGUGACCAGAUUAAGAGUUGGAUUGCCUCGGGAGAAAUUAAGGAUAAAAGCACACUUCUGGAGUUUCGCAAACUGAUAGAAACGCAAAUGGAAAGGUUCAAGGUUGUGGAACGAGAAACAAAGACCAAAGCGUAUUCCAAAGAAGGUUUGGGAGCAGCACAGAAGUUGGAUCCUGCACAAAAGGAACGGGAUGAGACAGCUGCAUGGUUAGCAACUUCAAUUGCUGCUCUUAACCUUCAGUUGGAUCAGUAUGAAUGUGAAAUCGAGUCUCUCUUAGCUGGCAAAAAAAAGAGGCUUGACAAGGAUAAACAAGAUAGGGUAGAAGAGUUGAAAAGCAAAGUAGAGAAGCACCGGUAUCAUAUCCGGAAACUUGAGACGUUGUUACGAAUGCUUGAUAAUAUGUCUGUGGAGGUUAAUCAGAUAAGGAGAAUAAAGGAUGACAUAGAAUAUUACAUUGAAUCUUCCCAGGAGCCAGAUUUUGAAGAAAAUGAAUAUAUUUAUGAUGACAUUAGUGGUCUAGAUGAAGUUGAACUGACUGGAGCGGGACUGCCGUCUUCCGCGACGACUGAUAGCAACAACAGCAAUGACACUGGAGGCACUCCAACUUCCACCACAUCAGGCAAUUCACCAGCACCUUCUCCUCCUCUUAGUACAUUGCACAAUCAUUCCAGUGAUAGUUCUAAUGAAGACAAGAAAAGGGUUAAGGAUGAGGUUUCUGCAAAGCCUCUGAAACCAACAGCAGUUAGAGCCAGCAACAAUAAUUCCUUAAUUAGUUCCAGCAACUGUUCACAAGUUGCAUUAAAACCAGUCCUAAACUCUAGUACACCUAGUAAACCUGUAUCAGGUUCAACACCUAACAACAGUUCUCCAAGUUCUGGGUUGAGUAAUCAUGUUAGCAACUUUGCUGCAGUGGCUGCAGCAAAUACCCAGUCAUCCUCCAGUACCAGCAAGGUUUCAUCGCAUAAUUCCGAAAAUGGCAGUGUCAGCCAGUCUUCACUGGGCAGCUCUCCUCCAGCACAUCACCACCACCAUCACCACCACCAUCAUCACAACCACACAGCAGGCGCGGCAAGCAGCAGUGGAGCUGUUGGGAGUCAGGCAUCCCAGUCUGUCCCGCCGCCUACACUGCAGCAACAGCAGCAACCGUCCUCAUCCUCGACAACUGUCACGAGUGGCAAGCAGUCACAGCAGCAACUGCCACAGCAACAGCAGCAGCAACCGCAGCAGCAGCAACAACAGCCACCACAACAACAGCAACAACCACAGUCACAACAGCAGCAGCAACAGCAACAACAGCAGCAAGCUGUACAGCAGCAGCAGCAGCAGCAGCAACAGCAAAGCCUUGUUAACUCUCUGGACCAGCACCAGCACAAUGUCAGCAGUUGUAGCAGUAACGUCAAUAACAAUAACUCAUCAUCCCCACCAUCAUCGGUGAGCAGUGCUCCAUCUCCGUUGCCAGCUCCAGGAACCUCGACUCCCUCCCCAGCACCAUCGCAUCAGGUGCCGACGCUCAAUGGACCCAUUUCUGCAAAGGUUCCUGAAGGUAUGUCAUCCCUAAAGUCAAUUGCGCAGCAGGUGAUUGAUCGAGCAGGUCUGGAAAUUCCACCAUCUGAACCUAGCAGGGGAUUGUUUGAUAGUAAAUCGCAAGUUUCGGAAACAUCUGAGGCCCACAUACCACCAUUGCUGGGUGUCGCUCCUCUUGGUCCAGUACCUUUGCAGAAAGAACACCAGUGCCAGUUCCAGAUGAUGGAAGCUGCAUAUUACCAUAUGCCUCAUCCAUCAGAUUCAGAGCGGUUAAGGCCAUAUUUGCCAAGAAAUCCAUGCCCAACACCUGCGUAUUACAACCAGACUCCGUUGCCACAUUCGGACACUGUGGAAUUCUUCCAGCGGCUGUCGACGGAAACGCUCUUCUUUAUUUUUUAUUAUAUGGAGGGAACAAAGGCACAGUACCUAGCAGCGAAGGCCCUUAAAAAACAGAGCUGGAGGUUCCAUACAAAGUACAUGAUGUGGUUCCAGCGACAUGAAGAGCCCAAGAUAAUCAAUGAAGAGUAUGAACAGGGCACUUACAUUUACUUCGAUUAUGAGAAAUGGGGCCAAAGGAAGAAAGAGGGUUUUACUUUUGAAUACAAGUACUUAGAAGAUCGUGACCUGAACUGAAACAUCAGACUCCACCGGAUAUGGAUGCCGGUUUUUACCCCAGUGGAGCCAUCCACAGUGAUAUUGUAUAGAACAACUUUUUUUUCUCACUUUUGGCUGGAAUUGGAUUUGUGAAUACACUCAUGAAUCUUUUGUGGAGAGAAAAGACAUUGUUUUUUGGUACAGGUUAUCGUUAUUUUAAGUUCUUUCAGCUGUUCUUGGCAUCCAGUCGGAAGUGCAUUUUCCGGUGAUGCUAUGAAGAUCUCUCAGUGUGUUGUUGAAAUAUUCCUAAGUGGAAAAAAGUGACUGUGAAACUGUGUUUUAGUUCGUGAUUCUUUUCCUAAGAUCUUGUGAUGGUGCAUCUUAAACAGUAUCACUUUCCAAGUUAUGAAUCCCCAGUACAAAUAAAUGACUAGAAUGGAGUAUUAUGUGGAGCAUAUGGCCUCAGCAUUCUGCAUGGAGCCUUCAUAUCCGUGCAAAGUACUUGUUGUGUUGAUCUUAACUUUUGUAAAAAGUACAUGAAAUGAUAUAAAAUACUUAUGUACAGAACAUUUUGUGUAGAAUAUUGAAUAAUAAUUAUUACAAAUGAAAAUAUGUUACAUUUAUUGUUUUGCACGUCUAUAGCUACUUGAAGCUGAGUAGAAUGCAAGAGGCCAUGGCUUGUGGUUAGAAGGUGCUUGCUCAGUAAAAGUGGUUAUCAGUCUAUAUGCAGCUGGAUGUUCAGGGAAUUUCGUAUAGGAGGUUAUUGUUAAUAAAAUGAAAAUACCACAAAAAAAGUCUGUACAGCAUAUGCCUAUACUACAGACAAGAAGGAACCCAGAACUACAAAAAUUGAGGUAUUUUGUUUGCUGCUACCUGGGGCCCAAAUCCUAGAAUUAUUUUCAGAAAUGAUUUACUUUCAAAUCACUUUCAUAUGUACAUGCCUAUCAUCAAAUUAUAACUCUACCCCUCCAAAUCUUUUGGGUCUCUGAAAAUUAUGUGCAAGCAAUGUUAGGUGGUUUUGAGUGUAUUCUAGUUCUGCAGUAUAAGUAGGCAACUCCAGUUUGAUUUUCUACCUUACAGCCUAUACCCACUGCUGUCACAAUGUCAGUUGCAUUUACUUUUGUACUUUAAUUUGAGGCAUUUUCCCCAGUAGAUGUCAUCUGCUGUCAAAUAGCAUUUAUGUUUCUGCAGUAUACAUUUCUGUGAAAUGCUUGUUUAUACAAACUGGUAUAGAUAAUGGUCGAGUUGUAAUAGUAUGUCUAGUUUCUAUGUGUGUUGUUUCAUUGUACUAGCAGUUGCCAUGCUCUCAAUUCUGGCCAAACCUCAGUGUGCAGUCCAUAAAACAAUACUGUUUUUUGUGUGUCCUUAUAGCUCUUCAAGAGACAGAUAAAAUUUUAAUGAAAAUUAUCAACUAUAAGCUUUGAAACGUAUUUUCAGAAUGUAUCUGGGGUUUGUGCCAGGAGAUACUGCCAAUUAGAAGAGAAUGGCAUGAUCUCAGGCUGCUUUCUUGGUUCCACUUCAACACAUUUAGUUUCAUUUUAUUUAUGUCGACCUGCUAUAUCAGAUUAAAUGUUUCACUGCUUUUUGCAAUUUUAAAAAUCUUACUCGGAUCUUCAAACACUGUAAUAUAAAAGCCAAUGUGAUGUAUGCAGAUGUCUUGUAUAUGUAUAUAUACAUAUAUAUAUAUAUAUAUAUAUAUAUGAAAUGUUUUUAUUUGUUAAAAGUAAAAAUCCUACUGAAAAAAAUAUUACAAUGCUGAUGACGGCAUUUCUGUGCAAGUAUUAAAUUAUAUUUUUAAUUUCAAAGCAGACUAAUAUCACAGUGGGUUUAUUACCUUCUAAAGCUUCCCUUUCUUUUACAAUGUUCCAUUCACCACUUUUUUAUGGGAUCCCAGGGUACUGAACUCUUUCGUAGCUGCAAUGUGGAACAAGACAUAACUACAUUACUGUUGGAGGAGCCAGUUGUUAUUAAAUAUUUAUAAAGAGUAUUCUAAAAGUUGUUCUUACAUUACUUUGUCUCUAUGUAUUGUGUUGCAAAGAGAUACACAACAGUUCAUAUAUAUGCAGUAUAUAUUCGUAUAUAAAACCACUGUGUCUUAAUAGAAUUUAAAAGACUUUUAACUGGAUAAAAACAAUAUGUUUGCCCAUACUUGUAGUUCAUAAAAUAUGAUGUUAGUCAUUCUACUUUGGAAAGAUACGUGUUAUUGUGUUGUGCACAUGUUUAAUGUUUGCUGGCUGCUCCAGCAGUAAACUGCAAAAGAAGUACUGCUCUUGCAGUGCAAUAAUUCAGAAAUUAUUUUUGUAUAUUGUGACUUAAGCUGAUGUUAGUUGUCAUUUCAUAAUAUCCCUGAAAUGAUUAUUUUUGAAUACUAAUUCAUCAAGGCUGUUUAUUUUGGGAGCUAUCCUUACAUGCUCAGAAUUGUUAAGACUAUUUUGAACUUGAAAUAUCAAUGGUGUGUUAGAAGACCAGUAUUUGAAUACCACUUUUGAACAGAAAAUCAAAAGUUUGACUGUAAGGUUAUGUCCCAAAUGACCUUGGUAGAAUUGUGGUUGUAAUACAGUGGUCAUUAGAUCUCAUUAUUUGUCUGUAGGUGAAAGACUGAGUUUCACUUUCAAGACUGAUACAGUAUGUGGAAUUAUUAGUUUACAGUAACAUUAAACCCAGUGAUGUCAUUCUUUUAUAUAUAGAUAAUGCCAAAGACUGUAAAGAGCAGAGCUUCUUUUGGUCAUAAUAACAAUGAACUUUCAAAAUAAGUCUGCUACAAAAAGUGACAGGACAAGAAAUCAUUGAGAGAGAAAACUGAAGGAAUACAAGAAAAUGAUAACCUGAUACAAAAUACAGUGAUUUUUGUCAGUGUA